AUGCUGCGCACAUAUCGAGUUGCGCGGGCUUCAGGCCUAAGCACUACAACUCGUCGAACUUUGACCUCGACAGGAACGCGACAGUUGUUUACCAAACCACCACAACACCCUGCGAAGCCCACCAAUAAUAGCAAGACACAGAGCCUAGAGCGACACUCGGGGAAGCUCUCCCUCGUCAACCAAGUUCGCCAAUUGUCGGGAAGACCACUACCGCGAACCCAGUCCCAACUCCUCAAUUUUGGAUACCGCACCGCUGCUUGGUUCGGCAGCUCGAUCGCAUUCGUCGGCCUCAGCUUCAUCGCCUUCUUCCUCUACGAUGCCUCCACCUACAGCUCCCACGCGACAAACCAGGGCGAUAUUGAUAUCUCCGCGCUCGCCCUAAACCCUCGCCGAGGAGGUCCCAAGAACCUACCCAUCCUCGAAAUCUUCCUCGACGACGACGACAGCGAAGAGAAAAAGAAACAAAAGGAGAAGCCCAGGCUGGUCGUCCUAGGUGGUGGCUGGGGUAGUGUUGCUCUCCUCAAGGAACUCAAUCCAGAUAACUAUCAUGUCACUGUCAUCUCUCCGACCAACUACUUCCUCUUCACACCCAUGCUGCCCUCGGCAACCGUGGGAACACUCGAGCUCAAGUCCCUGGUAGAGCCGAUCCGCAAUAUUAUUUCUAGAGUCAAGGGCCACUUUAUCCGUGCCAACGCCGAAGACGUUGAUUUCUCCUCCCGCCUGGUCGAGGUAUCUCAAAAGGACCCCAACGGCAACGAAGUCAGAUUCUACGUUCCCUACGACAAGCUGGUCAUUGCCGUCGGCUCGUCCACGAACCCUCACGGUGUCAAGGGUCUUGAGCACUGUCACUUCCUCAAAGACAUCAGCGACGCCCGCCAGAUCCGCAACAAGAUCAUCCAGAACCUCGAGCUCUCUUGCUUGCCUACCACCUCUGACGAAGAGCGCAAGCGUUUAUUGUCUUUCGUCGUCUGCGGCGGCGGUCCCACCGGUGUCGAGUUCGCUGCCGAGCUUUACGACUUGCUCAACGAGGACCUAACCCUCCACUUCCCUCGUCUUCUGCGCAACGAGAUCUCCGUCCACUUGAUCCAAUCCCGCGACCACAUUCUCAACACCUACGACGAAGCCGUAUCCAAGUACGCCGAAGACCGUUUCUCUCGAGACCAAGUUGACGUCCUCGUCAACUCCCGUGUAGCCGAAGUCCGUCCCGAGUCCAUCCUCUUCACCGAGAAGGGCGUAAGUACCGACGGCAAACCCAUCACCAUAACCAAAGAACUGCCCAUGGGCUUCUGUCUCUGGUCCACGGGCGUCUCCCAAACCCCCUUCUGCAAGCAUCUCUCACAGAAACUCGGCCCGGCACAAACCAACCGCCACGCCCUCGAAACCGACACCCACCUCCGCCUCAACGGCACUCCUUUGGGAGACGUCUACGCCAUCGGCGACUGCUCCACAGUCCAAAACAACGUAGCAGACCACAUCAUCACUUUCGUCCGCAACCUAGCCUGGAAGCACGGCAAAGACCCGGAAUCUUUGGAGUUACACUUCUCAGACUGGCGCAACGUCGCCCAGCAAGUCAAGAAACGUUUCCCCCAAGCAGCUUCCCACCUCAAACGUCUCGACAAGCUCUUCGCCGAGUACGACAAAGACCACAACGGCACUCUCGAUUUUGGCGAGCUGCGCGAACUCCUCAAGCAAAUCGACAACAAACUCACCUCCCUCCCCGCCACCGCGCAGCGCGCGCAUCAACAAGGCCAAUACCUAGCGCACAAAUUCAACAAACUCGCUCAUGCGGCUCCCGGGUUAAAAGCCAACGAAAUAACCGAGGGAGAUCUGGAUGCUGCCGUGUACAAGGCGUUUGAGUAUAAACACCUUGGCAGUCUCGCGUAUAUUGGUAACAGCGCGGUGUUUGAUUGGGGCGAUGGAUGGAAUUUCGGGGGAGGACUGUGGGCGGUGUAUGCGUGGAGGAGUAUUUAUUUUACGCAGAGCGUGAGUCUGAGGACUAGAGUGUUGAUGGCGAUGGAUUGGGCUAAACGGGCGUUGUUUGGGAGGGAUUUAAUGAGCUACUAA